GAGGAGCAUUGGUGGUAGGAAACUCAGGACUGGGCUUGCUCUGGCUACAAGUUGGACCUCCAGGCUUUAGUCCAAUCCCUGGGACCACCAUGUCUCCCAUGCUCCGGGUCCUGCUGUGCCUUGGUCUGUGUUUGGACUGGAGGAUCAAGGCACAGAAUUGUUCUGACUUGACUCCAGGCCUACUCUCCAAACCCUCUCUCUGGGCAAAGCCAGGGGCUCUGAUACCUAAGGGGAAACUUGUGACCUGCUGGUGUCAGGGAUCUUCUGAGGCUUUAGGCUACAGACUGGAGAAAGAGGGAACCCAUUGGAGUGAAACGUCCUACUGUAAUGGGAGUAAAGCUUCGUUCUCUCUGGGGGAAAUGAAAACAGAGACUUCUGGGCGUUACCUCUGUCAAUACUGGACCUCAUCUGGCUGUUCAGACUUCAGUGACCCCCUGAUGCUGAUUAUGACAGGCCAGCAUGACAAACCAGUCCUCUCUGCCAAACCCAGCUCUGUGGUGGUCCCUGGGGAGAAUGUGACCCUCCACUGUAACUCUUCAUAUGAUGUGGAUGGCUUCAUGAUGUCUAAGGAUCAAGUAGAUGAAAUGACCCCUCCUAGACCAUGGACGAUUCAGGCCAAAUUCUCCAUCUGGGCUGUGAAAGCUACUGAUGGAGGAACAUACCGAUGCUACUCUUUUUAUAGUAACUCCUUCUAUGAGUGGUCUGUCCCUAGUGAUCCCCUGGUCCUCAGGGUCACAGAGACUCCUGAAGACCAUAGUCUCUCAGUUCCUAGGGAACCAGACUCCACAAGCCCAGUAACCACCUCUCCGAAGCAUUCUGACCAGAUAUUUGGUCUUCCCAGGCUCACAGCAAGCAUACUGAUGGGCAUCUUAGCCCUCAUCAUCCUGCUCUUAUUUAUCCUUCCCUUCCUCCUCCUACGACGACGUUGCAGUCAACAGCACUCCAGAAUCAAGAGUAGGGACAAAGAAGCAGAAAUCAAGGAGACGCUGAGAAGAUGCUCCUGUGAAGGAAGACAGACAGAGGAGGCCAGACAAGAAGAUGCAGUAGCUUUCAAAAGAGAAGACCCUCAGGAAGUGACCUAUGUCCAGCUGAACCUCAAAUGCCUCAAGAGUGGGGCCAAACCCCCUUCCCCCUCUGUACCAGUGGAGCCCACUGUCUAUGCUACCUUCACAUGGGCUGUGUCUGGGCCAGAGGAUGAGGACACAGGCAGCAGAUUCCCCAGACCCUCCCUCAGGGCAGAAGAUGGCUCUUUGGUGCCCCAUGGGGGAGCUGUGACCCUCAGGUGCAGGGGGUCACAGGAGGCUGAUCUGUACCGCCUGGAGCAAAAGCUAGGAUAUGCAAGGUCUGACAUCACAGAUAUGACCACAGUUGGAAUUGAGGUCAACUUUUCCCUUCCUUUUGUGACUUGGAACGAUGCAGGGACCUACUACUGCCACUACAGACACUCACUGGGCUGGUCAGAGCACAGUGAGCCUCUGCAGCUGGUGGUGACAGGCCUUUAUGAAGAACCUUCCCUGGCAGCCCUGCCCAGCUCUGAGGUGGCCUCAGGGCAGAAUGUGACUCUGCAGUGUCAGUCACUGGGAUGGAAUGACUGGUUCGUCCUGUACAAGGAUGGAGAAGAGAUCACCCGUGGGAUGAAGGAGAGUCAUGGAAGGGGGCGUCAGGCUGACUUCUUCUUCCCUGCUGUGAAUUCUACCCAGGAUGGCACUUACCAAUGCUACAGCUUUCGAAGUUCUUCCCCUAAUGCAUGGUCAUCCCCCAGCGCCCCCCUGGUGCUCAGGGUCUCAGGUCCCUCUAUCCUCCAAGCAGCCAUCCUGGUGUGUAUCUCAGCCUUCCUGGUCCUGACCUUCUUCCUCUCCCUCCUCUGCCUUCACCACUGUCGGUGUCAGUCCAGACUUGGGAAAGAGGACAGAGAGACAGAAGUCAAGACCACCAGGAGAUCUGACCCAGCUGGAACCACCCUGGAGGAGGCCCUGUAUGCUGACAGACAGACCGAGGAGGCUGGACAAGAGGAAAAGGCUCUCCAAAGAGAAGACCCUCAGGAAGUGACCUAUGUGCAGCUGGUCAACAAGAGCCUCAUGUCUGAGCCCCCUCCCCAAUCUAGUCCAGUGGAGCCCAGUGUCUAUGCUGUCCUCCGGUGACCUUAGCCCAAGCCCAGGGGACCAGAGGAAGAAGAUGCUCCUUCAUCCAUUCUCCCCCUGCUCUCUGAGGUCACACCCUGUCCUACCUCAUCCACAAGACACCCUGCCAUUAGCACCUCGGCUUGUCACCCCAAGAGGAAAAGCAGAAAAGACAAAAAAGCCUAAAAAGUACAGGGAAUUGUAUUUUCUGGUACUCUGGGAGGGAAAGGAUGCUUCUCUGAGUAGAGUGUGCUCUCUGGAAUGCUGGGACCCCUGAAUUCACCAGAAGGCAGACCACAGCUACUGACGACUAAUUAGGAAUUUCUGGAUCUCUUGCUAGGGGGAAUAUGCUUUAUAGUAGAGGGCAGAACAUACUUACCUUUAGAGGAGGAAAGAGGGAGACUAUCCACCAGCCUUUUUCAUCAUGAGUCUCUUGUGUUGGUCUGGAUCCUCACCUUGUUAAUAGUAAUUGUCAUUCACUGUU